UGCCUUGCCUCCCCUCCGGCCCUUUAAAUAGCUAUAUUACACAGAGAAUUCAUUUGUACUCUACACCUAGCAAGAAGGAGCGAGGGAAAGGCAUGGAGAGGGAAAUUUAACAGGGAAAAGUGGGGUUGUUGUGUGUGUGUGGGGGUAUGGAGUGAGUACUGACAGCUCUGCCUGAGCUAAGGGAAGGCAGGGAUGGAUAACAAGAGGGGGGCGUGAGCGACUGGGUUUCAGGCAUCUUUUGUUAUAGCAGGCAGCAGAAGGCAAGAGGGCGAGCAAGACAAGUCUUGGAUAAGAAGAAGACCUUUCCAUUAUUCCGGGGAAGCUGAUGGCAUGGAAUGGACAACCGCAACACAUUUGCCUCCCUGCCUCCCUUUGAGUGUUGCCUUCACCCCCAAGUGCCCCCCAGAAUGUCCGACGGGGCGUUAACAUUUCCAGUUCCUUGCCCUUGUUUCUGUAGCUGUUGAUCUGAGGUAAAGAAGAAGUAAUUAUGCCGAGUCUACCUAGAACACACAUGAGAAAGAUGAGAUUUGAACUCAGGGUCUCCAGAAUUGAAACCAACAUCUUAUGUCUUGUGCCACGCUGCCUCUCAUGUUGAGCUCAACCAUGGCUGGAGAUUCUAGAAUCUUCAUGAACCAGGACAUGGAAAUAGGGGUCACUCCAAGAGAGCAUAAGAAGAUUCCCAAACAAGCUCGAGAUGAUGUUCCAAUUGCCACUGACAGAACUCGUCUCUUGGCAGCGGAAAUUAAGAAGCCACGCCAGCGCUACAUGGAAAAAAGUGGCAAGUGCAAUGUGCACCACGGAAAUGUCCAGGAAACCUACCGAUAUCUCAGUGACCUCUUUACCACUUUGGUGGACCUCAAGUGGCGCUUCAACCUUCUUGUGUUCACCAUGGUCUACACCAUCACUUGGUUGUUUUUUGGCUUCAUUUGGUGGCUCAUUGCCUACAUUCGGGGAGACCUAGACCAUGCAGAAGAUGAAGAUUGGAUCCCUUGUGUUGACAAUCUCAGUGGAUUUGUCUCAGCAUUUUUGUUCUCCAUCGAGACGGAGACGACCAUUGGGUACGGCCAUCGAGUGAUUACCGAAAAAUGUCCUGAAGGUAUCAUCUUGCUUUUGGUUCAGGCCAUCUUGGGCUCUAUCGUCAAUGCGUUCAUGGUGGGGUGCAUGUUUGUGAAGAUCAGCCAACCAAAAAAGAGGGCAGAGACCCUCAUGUUUUCCAACAACGCUGUGAUUUCAAUGAGGGACGAGAAACUCUGCCUCAUGUUCCGAGUUGGGGACCUGAGGAAUUCCCACAUUGUGGAGGCUUCCAUCCGAGCCAAGCUGAUUAAAUCCAAACAGACCAAAGAGGGGGAAUUCAUCCCCUUGAACCAAACAGACAUCAAUGUGGGAUUUGACACAGGAGAUGACAGGCUGUUCCUGGUGUCGCCCCUCAUUAUUUCGCACGAAAUCAACGAGAAGAGCCCGUUUUGGGAAAUGUCCCGUGCCCAGCUGGAGAAGGAGGAGUUCGAAAUUGUGGUCAUUUUGGAAGGGAUGGUGGAAGCAACUGGAAUGACUUGUCAGGCUCGGAGUUCAUAUAUGGACACAGAAGUGCUUUGGGGCCACCGCUUCACCCCGGUCCUCACUCUGGAGAAGGACUUUUAUGAAGUUGACUACAACAGCUUCCACAGCACCUAUGAAACCAACACGCCCUCCUGCUGUGCCAAAGAGCUGGCUGAGUCCUUGCAAGAAGGGCGGCUUCUCAGCCACUCAUCCAAUGCUAACCUGUUAGUUGUGGGGGAAUCGGAUGAAAGGAAGGAAGAGGAGGAGAAGACGGAAGAGGAACAGGAGGAAGGGAGAACAACAGAGAAGGAGGGGAACACAGUUGAAGGCCAGGAGGCUGCUGAGUUGAACGGAGCCAAUGGGAUGGCAGGAGAUGUGAAAGGCAGCUUGUCCUUAUAACACAGAGACUUGACCGAACUAUAGAAAAUCCAGGUGCACCACGGAGGGGCAACCAGGGAAGUGUGGGGGAUGGAAGUCUACAGGACAAUGUACUUCUUCCCAGCUGUAUUACUCAACUCAGAUGGGCCCCUCCGUAUAUUUGGGUUUUCCCCCCUCCAAAAUGGAGGGUGCUACUACAGGGACUGACUCACCGGUCUGAGAUCCAUGGACACAUGAAUAAGUAUUAUCUAAGAAGUAUUAUGGUAAUUAAUAUUGAAACUUCACUGAUUUUUGUUUUGUUUUGUUCUGAAUGCCUCUUUUUAGGCAGAGGGAGGGUAUGUAUUUUUAAAACUCCCUGUUCAGUAAAAGGAAUGUAGCUGGAAAUAUUUUCCUUCUUUAACUCAAUGCAUCGUAGACACAAAGUAUUGAAUAAAAUGAGAGGCAGGGAGAGGUGAGGGAGGGAAUCUCCUAUGUUUAACCAAGCAUUCGAUGUAACUUCCUGUGUGAUGGCUCAUUCUUUGGGUCUUCUUGCUUCUGGGGUCCUAUCCAUUGUGCUUUCCAUCCACAUAUGCUGAAAGGGAGAGGGGUUCCUGCCUUUGGAGAUGAGGCCAUUAUCCUUGAUAGCUGGGGGUGAUGGGCAUUGUAGUUGAGCUCAGCCACAGAUCAACAGGUCCAGGAAGGCUGCUGAAAUGCUUCUGUAAAGAAUGAGGGCCACCAAUAGGGUCCUGUCCUCAAUUAGGGAAGGAAUUCAUUUCACAGUAGAGAGAAAAGAGAGAGACAGAGGGAUUCACAAUGGAUCCAUCCUAGGUUUUAGCUUGAAAUUUACAUCAGCCAUCUGAGAUGCUGCACCCUGUCCCUCAAAUAAGUUCAGCACCAUGGAUAGUUUAUAUACAGUUUGGACUAAAACCCGGAGCGGAUUCCGCACCCUGAAACUGGAGCCAUCUGUCUCCAGUGUAUUCUGUACAUCAUCUAGUCGCAGGAUAUUUAUAUCGCAGAAUGUACACGCAGUUGGGUGCUGUAAUAAUUAUUGCAUGAAUAGUUUUGGGUAUAAUUUCGAGACACACCUUAGUUUUGUUUCAUUCUCCCUGUUGGUUAAGCUUGGAGUGUCAUUACACAGGUAGCCAAAACUGUGCCGUCUAUGCACACAGAUGUAAAAGGAACCUGGGGGGGCAGGUGCGGGGGGCUCAUGUUUGGAAAAAAAUGUCAAAAUAUUUUUAAAAGGUAAGAAAGAAGUAGCCAACCCAGUGAGGACAGCAUGGUCUGUGGCCACAUAUUCCUGACUGGUUCUUGGUAAGGAAAACGUAAAAUGGUGGGUAAGGAUGGAACAGAAAUACUGGCAUCCUAUGGAGGAAUAACACACUCUUUUGUAAAAAAAAAAAAAAGAUUUACAAAGGACGUUUUGACAUUUCUGUCAUGCUCAAGAAGUGGUCUGUUAUGUUCAUGGCUUCUGUUGCCAUUCUACAGGCGGGGAACUGAG